UUUAAAGAAACAGACAGCCGGCUGUUUGACUCAUCAGUAACGUUACUGACUGUGGGUGACAGACACGGGAAUUUAAAUAACGUAAAAACCAGUCAACAAUGACAACAGCAGGUCAGGUGAUCAGAUGCAAGGCAGCUGUUGCGUGGGAGUCUGGGAAGCCUCUGAUUAUUGAGGACGUAGAGGUGGCCCCACCCAAGAUCCACGAAGUCCGCAUCAAGAUUAUCGCCACAGGGGUGUGCCACACAGACAAUGAAUACCUGUUUGAGACUGGAAAAGGGAUGAAGUUCAGACCAUUCCCAUUGGUCCUCGGCCAUGAAGCAGCUGGGAUAGUGGAGAGUGUUGGUCCAGAAGUCACCAAUUUCUCACCGGGCGACAAAGUUAUCCCCCUUUUUCUGCCACAGUGUCAGGAUUGUGAACGUUGUCACAAUCCUGAGACAAAUCACUGCAGGAGGAACUGGGCAAAUACACAAGCAGGUGUAUUGGCUGAUGGAACAAGCAGGAUAUCUUGCAAGGGGCAGCAGGUGUACCAGUUCCUGGGCAUCAGUUCUUUUUCCCAGUACACUGUGGUUCCUGAUACUUCACUUGCAAAGAUAAGAAGUGAUGCACCGCUGGACAAAGUGUUUCUACUAGGCUGUGGUGUCUCCACUGGUUACGGUGCUGCCGUUAAAACAGGCAAGGUUAAAAAGGGUUCCUCAUGUGCCGUGUUUGGGCUUGGAGCUGUCGGACUGGCCGCCGUCAUGGGCUGCCAGAUUGCUGGGGCGACAACGAUCAUUGGGGUUGACGUCAACCCUGAGAAGUUUGAGAAAGCUGUUUUUUUUGGAGCCACUGAAUGUGUCAAUCCCAAAGAUCAUACCAAGCCCAUCCAGGAGGUCCUGGUGGAGAAGACAGACGGGGGGGUGGACUACGCUCUGGAGUGUGUUGGAGAUCCAGCUGUCAUGAGCGCUGCGUUAGAGUCUACAACAGAUGGCUGGGGCAUCUGUGUCAUUGCUGGGUGGACGGAGACAGAAGUAAUGCAGGUUGAAGUCGAAAAGAUCCUGAUGGGGCGCACCUUGAUGGGGACUUAUUUUGGAGGAUGGAAGAGUGUGCAGGAUAUCCCUACACUGGUGGACAACUACAUGGACGGCAAGCUGAAGCUGGAUGAGUUUAUCACCGACCACCUCCCGCUGGAUCAAAUCAAUAAAGCCUUUGAAACUUUGAAAAGUGGGACCAGACUUGAUCAAAAGGGAGAAACACCACAGAAUGUUCAGUGCACUUGUGUAAAACGAUACCGAGUGUAAUUCAUAGAUAUACACAGCAUCUGCAGUAACAUCAAGACAAAUUCUCUCUGCAUGUCAUACUUGGCAGUGACAGUGAUUCUGGUCCUGAUAUCAAUGUGGAGAUGGAAUUAAAUACCCUUGUAUAGAGGAUGGGGUAAAAGACACAGGAACCAAAUGGCCGGAUCUGUCAUCAACCAUGGAGAAAUAUCUGCUUCAUGUGGUCAGGCUUACCAAAUUUCGCCCUUGGUAAUAUUAUAUAUUGAUUUAAAGGGAGCCAAAGAGAAAGGCUAAAAUGGCAGUUGUGGGCUGUCAGGACAGAAGACAAAAGGUUGUUUGGGGAAUGCCUCUCGGCGAAGAACUAAAAUAGCUGUCGAAGGAAUUUGUUUUAUUGAAGUUCCAUUCAGAUCAGAUGAACACCCUUGGCAGUUUCCACCGCUUUUCCAUCUUUAUUUAAAAUGGAAAAUAAAUUGUUGCUCUUCCUCUUA